UCUGCUCAUGUAAGCUCUCUUCCAAAACUGACCCCACUUUUCUGGCCAUCAUCUUCUAUAAAUUCACCCCAUUUCCAACACAACCUUCCCCAGUUCUAAUAUCAUCUCAGUCUCUCAAUACACCUCACAACCACACCCAUAAGGAAUAAUCUUGAAAAUUAGUUCCAAACUUCCAACCAUGGUUCCUAGUGAGGUAAGAGGAGUCCACUAUCUAGCACCUGAAAAUCCAUUCCUAGUUCCACCCAACUUUGGCCUUGUGCAAAGUGACAUUCCAAACCUUCAUAUGAACACCCUCUUAAGCAAUUUUCCAAACUGCCACUUCCCUCAUUCAGGCCUUGAAUUUCUUGCUCCUCCCUCCUCUUACCUCAGCAGCAACUCAACCUCUGAUGAAGCUGAUGAAAUCCACUUCAACAUCAUCGACGAAAGGAAACACAGGAGAAUGAUUUCCAACCGAGAAUCCGCCCGCAGAUCAAGGAUGAGGAAGCAAAAGCACUUGGAUGAACUCUGGUCGCAGGUUGUUCGGCUCAGAACUGAGAACCACAACUUGAUUGACAAACUCAACCAUAUGUCCGAGUCCCAUGACAGAGUCCUCCAAGAGAACACACGCCUCAAAGAAGAAGCUUCUGAUCUCCGCCAAAUGCUAGCAGACAUGCAAAUUGGAACCUCCUUUGCUUGCGCCAUGGAAGAAUUGGAGGACCUUCCAUGCAACAAACCUGAUCCCUCAAACCAAUCGAUCACUCCUGCAGAUAUGAUUCACGAAUGAGGCUAUUCUCCACUGUUUACACACAAGCCUAUUGCUCACUCUAUAUAUCUGCCUUCUUUUUACUUUAGAUUUCUAUGAUCUUUGGCUCUCCAUCGGAGAUCUAUGAGUUUAGCAGCAUAUCUUAUGUAUCAAUUAUCAAAUAAUUAACAGCUUUACAUGUUCUUAUCUUUGAAUCA